UAAUGAGCGAUCUAUAAGAUGUUAAUCCAUAUCCUUAAUUUGAUGAAUAAUAGGAAUAGAAUCACUAGAUUGAAGAACCUACAGCAAAUUAGGCAAUUCCAGUCAUUCAAUAAAAUAUAGUUUUAGAUAAUAAUGUUCCACCAAGAACCAUCGGAGAGGCAUCAAGUGAAGAGAGAAAAUAAUUUUUAAUUUAAAGUUUAAGAGCCUUAUUUGUUCAGCAAAUAUUCUAAUUAUCGUUGGCUUUAGGUUUUGCAUUUGUAGAUGAGUGGGGAUUUUGUAGUAAUUUUUUUUUAUUCCUUUUCUUAACUUUAAGUUUACAUUUGUUUAUAGCAACAUAUAAGGGGAGGGGAUUAAGGAAGGAAGUAUAUAUAAUAUAAUGAAUGAAUAAUAGGAGAGAGUGAUGAAAUUAUAAUGGUUAGGUUGGGUUAUAAGUUAUUCAUUUGCAUUAACUCUAUUUUCAAGUUUGUUGAAUGUAUUAUAUUUGGGUUGGUUCUUUUAUUUACCAUUUUUAACAAUAUCUUUUUUAUUUCCAAUAAUUACAAUUGGAAUGAUUAUACAUAUAUCAUCAGGAAGUGUGUGUAUAAAUGCAAAAUGUAAAAAAGAUAAUUGAUUAUUAAUAUAGAAUACACAGUAAUAUUUGUUGCGAUGAUCUUCUUUUUAAAUUUAUUCCUAUCUGUUUUAGAUGGAGGAUAUAUUCAUUUUGGGUACUUGAUUGGAGAUAUUGUAGGAUAUUUAUAUGGAUUAUACUUAAUAUUCAUAAAUGUUUAAAUAUAAUAUGUAAAAAUUAAUAAAAUAAUAUUAUAAAGCCAGUGAAUGAUUUAUCGUUGAAUAUACAAUAAGAAUAGACAAAAUUAGAUUAAGUGAUGAAUUUUUUAGAUUAAGGAACAUAGAAAUUUGAUGUCGGAAUAAUUCCAAAUGAAGGAGAAUAGAUUACAAUGGAAGAGAUUAAAAAAUAGAAUAAUGGUUAAAGAUUAUUAAAAUUGGCAAUUUUAUAAGGAUUUGGUGUAAUAUUCUUUGUAUUUCCAUUAUUAUAUUUGAUAAUGAUGAUUUGGUUGAUGAUUGUAGCUCAUAAAGCGGAUACUAAAUUUAUAUAGAUUGGAAAGAAGAAUGAAGUGAAAUUAGAUGAACAAUUCGUAGCUCCUAUUUUAAUUAAUCUAGAUAUUUUAGGAGGAUUAAAACAUGCAAUAGAAUGAGU